AUGACUUCUUCACUAUUUCUCCUUUACAGAGGAAUCCACUUCGACUUCGCACUUCCGGUCAGUUCUCUAAAGAUUUUUUUCCAAAAACUAUUCCAUUAUGGAAUAAACUUACCUCUAGAAUAAAUUUUAACGUCUCUACGGAUGCGCUACGGGUUAAACUUAAUGAUCUCCCUAACUCUGCUUUUUUCGAAUCCAUUCCUUCCCGUUUGCUCUGACUUCCUUUCUAUCCCCGGGUCAUAGUCUACUCGUUAGGGUAGACUAAUUCCCGUUUUGGUUAUUCUGCUGCUUUUGUAUUCUGAACUAUUUUAUUUAUUAUUUUCUAACAGUAUGCAGUGAAUAAACCUAUUAUUAUUAUUAUUAAAAAAAUUUCGAAAUUACAACAGAUGCGGUUGUUCUACAUCCUCAAGGCGAUCCAUUACGUAAUCUCAAUCGGCGCCCUCGGCAGCAUCAUCUUCCUGGGCCGCGUCUGCUUCAACGUCCAUUCCAACCUCGUGAGUCGAUGCGAAGGCGAUUCAGAGGAUACGAAGAGAUUCAGAAACUGACCGACGAGAAGUGCGUCAUAGCCUUCCAAGCCACCGUGUCCGGGCUGGUCAAAGACGGGGACUUUUCAACGGUAAAAAAAAGCUCAAUAGUUUGAAAAUUCUAUAAGACAUAAUUAAACUCCUGAUAGAAUGACUUAACACGUAACGGCUGAUCAGAGAUUGAAAAUUGCUUGAGCCAGCCAUUCUUUUAAAAGAGAGAUGGUUGAGUGGCGAAAAUUUCUACAUAGGAAAAUUGUGACCAAAGUUCGAAACCUUUUAUCGCCAAACUAACUUUCUUUUUUUGGAAAUGUUCGAUAAAAAACUGUUUAUUUUGCUUUAAGAGAUGAAUCGAAUGGAGUUCUGACUUUUCUUCCAGGAAAAUUCUGGUUUUUUGCAUAGUACAAAGUUGACAUUAAAAAUACUACAGAUUUUCAAACCUCUACUUUUUUUCAAAAUUUUAAAUAUACUUAUUUAGAAAUUAUACUGUUAUUAUUGUUUCGAACCAGUUUGCAUUAAUCGAAAAAUUCAAUAGAAGUUUACAAAAUUCUAACUGAAGCUACUUUUUUCCUCGAAUCCGAACUUAUCCAGUUUUCUUUCAAGCCUCUCGAAAAAUUUGAAUCUCGAAAACCGUGUGAAAAUGAGCUGUUAGGAAACUCUAAACCAAAAAAAUCCGUCUCAAAAAUUUCCUGUUUUUUUUUUUACCGAUCUGCAACAUUGAGAACUGCCGUAUUCCUAUUCUAUUGCUCAGGUUAGCAACAUUUCCUACCACGAACCGACAACCACCAUCAUUCCCGCUGAACGAAAGAAGCGCCAAGUUACCGAGGUAACUAGUUUCUAACUUCAUGAAUUCCACUCUUUUCUCAGAAAACCACACUCCAAGACUACAAAUAUUCGCACAAGCCGGACCGCAACUUGGACGGAAUAAAGGACAUUGCCUAUCAGCCUGCGCCGACUCUCCCGACCAAGAAAAUCGUGGCUCCGCGACUUCUGGUGCCGGCCGUCGAAGUCAAGUCAAUCGAUUUGAACAGCCCUCUGGUGAAAGUUGUCCCGAAAACGACUGUAGAUGACAUCAAGACGACAUCGACGUCCACGACGACGACAACUACUACGACGACCACUACCACGACUACAAGCACGACUUCUACCGCUCCAAAGACGUCUGAAGCCUUGAAAACUAAACCCUCGACGCCCGAGGAAGUGACGUCGAAGGUCAUCUUGGUAGAGGUGGAAUCCGAGACGACUACUGAGAUUCCUCAAGAGAAUGUCACUGAAAAAGUGUUCCUUCCGGCCCCAAAAGCGUGGAAAGAGGUUCAGAUUGGUGGAGAGCCGAUUUUCUUCCGCUCAAGGUCCUGCAUCAAUGUGAGUCUGAGACAUUUCUUCAAAAUAGGUGAAUUCAGAAAAAGCUGGAUAAACGAAAAAUCCGAAAGCCUACAGAACUUUUUGAAAUCCACGGGUUGUUUCGGAACUUUUUGAGUUGAACCUGGCUUCUUUUUGUAGUCGUAAGUCUGGAAAAAAAAGCCGAAAGAAAAUUUAUCCUUAGAGCGCGCAUUCCGUGCCACCUCCUAUUUUCCUUUGGCUCUCCUUUAUUGGCUUGGAAAUAUGAAAACUUAAGGUGACGAGAGGAGACAUCUGGGGAUACAGCGGGAACACCCUGAUCAAUGAGAAGUUCCAACGACUGAGCAUCGUCUGUAUUUUGAUCGCCGCCUCCGGAAUCUUGACCCUGAUCAGUGUUGCUCAUUUCUACUGCUCCGCGAAGCCUCCGGGAAUGGUUGGGAAAUUAAAGAAUUAUUUUUUCUCAUGGCUUGUUGAAAAUGAACACUCUUAUCAGUGGGAAUCAGCUUCAAAAAAAUUCAAUUUUCCGUCAAUGUUGAGCCAAAGAGUUGAAAACGGAUACUUCUAAAGUUCCAGUAAUAAUCGUUCAAUUCUGGUAAAAACAAGUUUACUGAGCUUCUCAGUGUUUUUUCUUCCUUAGUAGUGUUCAGACCUAUGGGAAUCUUUUCGGGAAAAAUUAUGAAAAGUCCUUCAAAGUAAAAUGCUCAUUUUACUUUGCGGUUGGGAAUUUUUUCAAAAUGGGCCAGAAGACUUGUUGAUGUACCAAAAAAAAAAGACCCUAAAAGUCUCAACCUGCGAAAAUUCCUGGUUCUUGAGAAAUGAGGGCCCAAGCCUUAAAAUAGCCUAUUUCGUUAGAUUUUGAGAGUUUUCGCUGACCUGGAAUUGUACUAAAACUAGGAAGUUGUGCAAUUUGAGAUUUCCAAGGUACAUCAAGGAGUGUUCCGGCCACUUUCCGGCCGUUCCCAACCCGAAAGUAAAAUGACCUUCGCCGAGAAAUGAGCUCCCUUUUCAGAUUCAAGCGGCGUUCAAAAACGUGUUCCAAGUGGCGAUUUGGGGAACGGUUCUGAUCCUGCUCGAGAUUUACAGGUGGAUCCUACUUUCUUUUCGAAGAAAACCUCUAUUUCCAGAAAUAAAUGGCCAAAAACGUGGGGUCUGGUGACGCCGCCGGAAUAUCCGUGCAGCCUGAUCUGCGUCGAAAUCGCGGCGUUUUUCAUGGUCGCCAUGUACUGUUUGGAGACGAUUCUCAACCGCUUUUUCGGCCUCAAUAUCUAUGCGGAGAAGAGCGCCGGCGUCUACUCGGUGGGUCACCAUUUUUUCUUUCUUUCAUUGUGCAAAUAUUUUCAACUUUCGUAUCUCAAUUUUUGGAAAAUUUCAAAGCUACAGUGUUUAGAUUUUCUAAUGACCUUUCUUUGCUUAUUUCGAAAUGAACUAUACAUUCUAUAAUCUAACUUGAGCUCAAUCUUUUCAUUCGUAACCGAGUUUCGAUCGAAAAUCACUUAUAGAAAAUGAACCUUUCGUUACUCUACUCUACAGUUUCAUGUCACUUUUUUAUCGAAACGAUUAUCUAAAAUUUGUUCUCAAAUAGUUCAACAAAUCCAAUUUUCAGUAUUCUCAUUCAUUAGAGCCUAUCCCGCGCCACCUUGUCUUUUUUUAAAGACUUUUUUCAAACUUGACCAAAAUUUCGCUUCAAGACCUUUUUGUUGCAUUUAGUUGCAGCUUUGUGAAGCAAAUUUCCAUGAAAGUCACUGUUUACGGUAGCUAUUUUUCUGUUGUGCUUUGGAAAGGUCUCGCGCGGUACCCAUCCUACCAUUUUUCUUAAAUUUUACAGUUUCAUGCAGCUAAUUCGCUAAAUUAAAACAUUCAAGGGUUGUUUGGGUUUAGGCUGAGUUUAUUUCGACUAUUAAAGCUACGGUGCCCGGAGAUGAUCAUGAAUCUAUAGUCUGUUCAGAUUUUGAAUGUCAACUAGAAUGACGUCAUUCGAAAACGCUCUGUGGAUGGCUCGCUCUCAUCGCGCCAUUAGGGGGCGGAGCUUCGGCAAGGACUUGACAUUUAAAAUCUGAACAGACUAUACCCUAAUUCUCUAGUCAGCAUUUUUAUCAAACUUCACUUUACUGUUUUCUGUAGGUUUUAUUUUCAAAUUUAUGAAUUUUUUCUUCGAUUUUUUUUUGUUACGACUAACUAGGAAACUCGAUCUUCUCGAAUUUAUUUUCGAGAACUCGUUCCAUUUCAAUUUUCAGCCUCUUGCUCGAACUUUCCAGUUUCCUAAAGCCUUUUUUAAACUCUUGAGCUUGCAGAUAAUCCAAAGCGAGAGGGCGGCGGCUUCUACCAGCGUCUACCGUCCGACGACCACCUCGAACGUGGCCGAGGCGACCGACGGCCACUACGUCAUGUACGGCUCCCCGAUUUAUCAGUGAUCAACUGAUAAAACUUUUCUGAUAUUAUCCUUUUUCCUACCUGAGAAGAGUCGCCGAUGAGGCCGAUCUGUCUGGCGACGGCCGUGGCGGUCGUCGGAUGGUCUCCGGUUAUCAUGAACACUUUGACGCCGGCGCCUUUGCACUGCUCGAUCGCGUGGGCCGCUUCUGGCCUUGA